AUGGAUGCCCAAGUACGGAGUACGAAGCGCCGAUGUCGCGCUUCGAAGAAAAAGCGUGAGAGACAGAAGAAACGCACGAUUCUACAGCGAAACGCGAAUGUCGAGCUCAAUGAUGAUAAAGAAACUCAAACUCAAACCGAACAUGCUGAUCAAGUCCAGGACCUUCAAAAAGUAGAAGACAACGUCAAAGUACAAGAUGGCUACAACUCGAAGAGUACACUCGUUCGAACGCCGGAUAAACACAGGAGUGAGCGCCACCGAAGCCGUGAAGAUGACCACAAUGAAGACCAAGAGGAUGAUAUUCCGGAAUACGAACGCAAACGCAGAGAAACUAUCCUGCGCAACCAAGCGUAUAUGGAAGCGAUGGGCAUCUCCUCAGCCAAGUUUGUUGGUCGCACACGAGUUGGCAAUAAAGUAGAAACAGAAGCCAAGAGACAGCGAGUAGCCGAACACCGAGCAGCUCGAUCCGCACAGCUCACCAGGUCGAUGCAGCAGCGGAUAUCGUCGAGACUACAGAUGAAGCCGCGACGUGAGAACGCCCGUCCAUCCAUGGAUGUAGAGACUUUGCCAACAGAAAAUAACUCACGGUCUUGUGCUGAAGCAAAUUCACGUCCGGGCAAGGUUGAUCGAGUAGCAAGAGGCGAUAAGACUGGAAAAGAGAACAUGUGCCAAUCGACUCGGCCACUGAUGGAGGUGAAGUCGCUCUCUUGCGACGAUAAUUCGUCCUUGGUGCCACAGCUACCUGAGUUUUCGUCACAUUAUCCACUUGAUCAAGUGGAUGAUGUAAGAUUUAGAGAGCAAGACGACGGUCAAGUCGAGCAGCAAAGUCACGUUCAUGGCGAACACGAUAGCAGAAAGCAGGAACCGAAACGUAUCGAAUCUAGUGCGUUUGGAGUUGUACGAGACAAUGAAGCGAUGAGUCAGAUAGCACACUUUGCUGACUGCCCUGAGAAGACGAAAAAUGCGGAGAAACCGAAGAUAAUGAAGAAGAGACAACUAUGCAGCAACAAUUCAUUAAAAGAAUUACCGGAUCCGUCACGGCAUAAUUCGGUUAAUCAAGUUGGAAUUCAUGGAUCCCCCUGUCGUGGGAGCUCUACAAGUGAUCUGCUUGACUACGAUGACGAUACCAGUGGGCCUGGCAAAAACGACAUUAGUGAAUACGAGCGGAAACGAAGACAUAAAAUCCUUCAAAACCAGGCAUUUCUUGAACGAGUCGGGAUGUCAGCAGCCAGGGCGGGCAUUAGAAAUGACGCGGAAGCGAAGGCCAAGAAAGAUGCGCUUGCGUUGAAGCGCGCACAGAGAGCUGCUCAGCUCGCUAGUGCUCCAAAGCGCAAAUCGCAGCGCCUGAUUGGAGGUACCACGCCUGUCUUGACACAGCAGAUGGAGCUGGGUCAUCCACUUGACGUUCUUUUCGUGAAGAAGAUGCGUCAACCUCUAGGCAGUGCACUCUACGUUAUGAACGCUCAUGAUGAGGAAGGCAAUAAAUUCUGCAAGGAAAUCGCCGGUGGUGUGAACGUGUUGCCAGAAAGCUCGACUUUGGAUCCUGAUGACAAGAUUGGAUAUUCGUUGGCAGACAAGGACGUUGUCAGGGCUUUGCCUUACCGCACAACCACGAUGGCUUUCCAUCCUCAAGUAGAUCGAGUUGUUGUUGCUGCUGGAGACAAGGAGGGACAUAUCGCUCUUUGGUCACCUUCUACGGAUAUCAGGAGCUCAGUGGCAGCUCUAUCUAGACCACAUGGCUAUCCGGUCAGCCAACUUAUCUUCCCUGACUCAUCGACAUUGCUUUCAAGCAGUAUCGAUGGUACUGUACGUGAAUUCGACCUAUAUACUGCCCACUCUUCACCAAUAUGUGAUCUAACGGAAGAGACGGGCGUCACGUCACUCGUUGCUUCGGGAAACCCUCAAUUCUUCUAUGCAAGCUGCGAGGAUGGCGCCUUGCGCCUGGUAGAUCGCCGGGCGCGAAACGUUUCCAGUGCAGUCUACGCACUGCAUCCAAAAACAAUGACCUCGGUGGAUCAACAUCCGGCGUGUGACUUGUAA